AUAAAACAAAACUGGUUGAAUAAGAAGAAUUGGAUUCAGCGAUCCAAUUUGCGGCAACUGUCCAAACAACAGAAAAGUCAUGGCUGCUGCAUAUUCCCUCGCUUCCACUUUCUUCCAUUUCUCUCCACUUUCUCGGCCUCCAAACAGACGAUCCACUGCCUUCCUUCUCCCUAAAUCCAUUUCUCUUCACAAUUUCUCCAACCCCACUUGCCAUCUUCGAUUCCCCAUCUUCUCUCUUCUCAAGAAGAACUCCCAAAUUUCAGCCACAAAUGCCCCAAAACUCACCAUUCCCUCGAACCCCUUUGCUUCAAUUUGGGAGUCGCUGCUAAUUUUCUCCACUUCGGUUCUCUUGUCCUUCUCUCUCUUUGUUACAGAUGUGGAUCCGGCGGCUGCUUUUGUCGUCACCACGCCCAGGAAAUUGCAGACCGAUGAGCUCGCCACUGUUCGUCUCUUUCAGGAGAAUACUCCUUCUGUGGUUUAUAUCACCAAUCUUGCUGCAAGGCAGGAUGCUUUUACUUUGGAUGUGCUGGAGGUACCACAGGGGUCAGGUUCUGGAUUUGUGUGGGACAAAGAUGGCCAUAUUGUCACCAAUUAUCAUGUAAUUCGUGGUGCUUCUGAUCUCAGAGUCACUCUAGCCGACCAAACUACAUACGAUGCUAAAGUUGUCGGGUUCGACCAAGACAAGGAUGUUGCUGUCUUACGUAUCGAGGCGCCCAAAGACAAGCUAAGACCUAUACCUGUUGGUAUCUCAGCAGACUUGCUUGUUGGUCAGAAAGUGUUUGCUAUUGGAAACCCUUUUGGACUUGAUCAUACUCUUACGACUGGCGUAAUCAGUGGCCUUCGCCGAGAAAUUAGUUCUGCUGCAACUGGUAGGCCAAUACAAGAUGUCAUACAGACAGAUGCUGCAAUUAAUCCGGGCAACAGCGGAGGGCCGCUUCUUGAUAGUUCGGGAAACCUUAUCGGAAUAAACACCGCAAUAUAUUCUCCAUCAGGGGCAUCCUCAGGCGUUGGGUUUUCAAUCCCAGUUGACACAGUGAGUGGCAUUGUUGAACAGUUGGUGCAGUUUGGGAAGGUGACGAGACCGAUUUUAGGAAUUAAGUUUGCUCCUGAUCAGUCUGUCGAACAGUUGGGCGUGAGCGGAGUGCUCGUCUUAGAUGCUCCUGCAAAUGGUCCUGCUGGGAAAGCUGGCUUGCUACCAACUAAGCGGGAUGCUUACGGGAGACUUAUAUUGGGAGACAUAAUAACAUCAGUGAACGGGAAGAAGGUGACGAAUGGAAGCGAUUUGUACAGAAUUCUUGACCAGUGUAAAGUUGGUGACAAGGUUACUGUGGAGGUGCUACGUGGUGAUCACAUGGAGAAAAUUCCAGUAACUCUGGAGCCAAAGCCUGACGAAUCUUGAGCCAAAAAUAGGCAGACUUGUUUGUAUUUUUGUACAUUACAUUAAUCAAUAUCAGUAUACUGUUGUAAAUAGUCCAUUCUGGCUGCCACUCAAUUAAUCAUAUUUAUACUUCCAAGCUUUUCGUCUUU